CUUACAAAGACGCGUUGUCUGGCCUCGUGAGUGCUGCAAUAAUCGUUGUGGGCGACGUGAAGAAGAUUGAGGAGAUGCGGCGUGCGCUGGACACGCCCUCUAUACGUGCUACGACGCUCGGCCCCCCACUCGCCACUGAGACCCACCUGCAUGUAAGCGCAUGACGCUACCUGCACUUGCUCACCUCCACGCGAAGGGCGCGCGAGUAGAGAUGGAGCAGAGCUACAGCAGGCGCCGCAGCCCAGUGGUGUGUUCCCAUAACAGGCAGCUGUUGUUCUCACCGCGAGCAUAUCUACCAGACGCACACUGCAUGGGCAGCGGCCAACUGCAGGUGUCCCGUUCUGCGACUCAUGACCACCCGCACGCCGGCGAACGUCCGACAUCACGCCAGUCAGAGAAGCUUUUCGGCCUGGCAGAUUAUCGUCGCAUCGGUAUGCACGCGUCUCACAGCGAAGCAGAGCCUAUAGUCGCAGAACUGAUUCAGUUCAUCCACCCGCGACUCGCAGCAUCAGCGAAACCCUCUCCUUCGUCCGUGAUGAACAGUCUUCAAAGCGCCAUAUCAGGGCAAUUAGAAGUCUCCCCGGCCACGCACAACAGUGCACAACGCAGCAGAACCGUCCAGCGUGGCCUGUGCAUCGCCUCGCCACGCUCUCAUCACAUCCUGGAAUCUUUGUUCAUCAAGGGCGUGGCCAAUCAGCGAUCACAGAAAGGGACAUCGAGACCGCUGGACGCACUUCUCGCACUGACUUUGCAAAGAAGCCCGUCGAGCCCGAGGGUCGGGAUGAGCGCGUAGGAUCGCAGUGCGCGUGCUGUGUUCUAUGUGCACGAGAUACACGUAGAAUCUGGCUUCCACCGAAGGCUGACCGCCAUGACGGUGUCUCGUUCAACGAUAAUAGUCGUGUUCGUGAUACACGCAGCAGGUUGUAGUCCGACGUCAGCCUCGGGUUCGAGGUGGCAGGGCGCUUGCAAUCCGAAGCUCUGCAAUCUGCAUUCUGGGAAGUAGAGG